AUGAAACUGUUGAAGUAUGCCGCCGCGGCGCUCUUUGCGUCCAGCGUGGCUGCCAACGUGACGGUCGAGCUCAAGGCUCAAUGGCAGAGUGACUUUCUGCUGGAAUUAGUUGAAACCCUUUCAACUGAACACACCUACUUUGAUUUCAUCAAUCACAUUGCCGAACAGGUCGAGGAUGGUGCCAAUUAUACCGACAAGGAAUGGUACGACAACCUGACGGCCUUUGCGGCCUCCAAAAGCGAGAUCUCCGACUUCCAGAAAUCUCUGACCGACGCCGCCCUGGCCUUCCGGCGAGAAUCUCCUCUGAUUGAGACCUUCUACCAGCUCGGCGACAGCCAGGAAUCCGAGUGCGACAUCUUCUUCACCUACAAUGGCAAAAAAUACUGCGACUCCAACGAUCUCUUUACUCUCAAGACCACCAAGAUGCCCAAGAACCCCAGUGUGUACUUUUUCGACCACGUGGCUCGAUCCGUACAGGCCAACAAGCAUCUUAAGAACAUCCCCGUGACCGUUCUUUACGCUGAUCUGCGAUCUCCCGAGUUCCCUCUGUUCCACAAGAUUCUGUACCAGGAGGCCCAGGAUGGAAAGAUGGUGUACAUUCUGCGAUACCGACGAUCAGACCGAUCUGAGCGAGUUACCAUGACCGGUUACGGUGCCGAGCUGUCCCUCAAGAAAACUGAUUACCUGGUUCUUGACGACGACGCUAACACUGAGAAGCUGACUGACAACAAGAACCCCGUCUACACCAAGAGGGAGCUGCAGAACAUGGGCCUGAACGCCGCGCAGUUUGUUCUCAACCAUCGAAAGGACCCCGAGGCUGCUCUCAAGGCCCUCAAGGAGGUGUCUUUCGACUUCCCUCUUCUAUCAUCUUCUCUGAACAACACCAAGCCUGUCAAGGGCUUCCAGAAGGCCCUCCAGGAAAAUACAGCCGCUGGUGAUUUCAUGCCUGGAGCCAAUCAGAUGUUUGUCAACGGUGCCUUGCUCUCCACCUCGGCCAGCAACCUGCAGUCUCUGUUUGAUCUCGUUGCUCUUGAGCACUCUCGACUCGAGGUUCUGGCUAAGACCCUAAAGGGUGCAAUCUCUGCUGAGCAGCUUGCUUCUAUUCUCAACGACUAUCCUUUGCAACACGCUUUGGAGUCCCAGCCUCAGCGAAUCGACUACCGUGACGCCGAUGCUCUUCUGUGGCUCAACAACCUGGCUACAGAUAUCCAGUACCAGGAGUGGCCCCGAUCUGUGGCUUCUCUGCUCCAGAACCAGAUCAACCUGGCUCAUAACGCCCAGACAGUGGUGAUGCCUUUCAACAUGGACGAUUUCGCUGAUGUCAAGGUUGACAAGGAGACUGGAGAGUUGAUCAACAUGCACCCUAUUAACCGAGGUAAGCUCACUGUGCUGUUCACUAUGCUGCAACGAAGCAUGCCCAUCCAGUUUGGUGUCGUUCCUUACGGAUCUACCCUCAAGGGUAAGAAGCUGUCUCAGUACCUUCACUACCUUGCACGAAAUGUCGACGCCACUGCUUCUCUUCGAUUCCUGUUCGCCCUCGGAGCUGGUACUCCUGUCGAAGAGAUCUUUACUCAAAUCCCUGCCGAGAUUACUCAAGAAAGUGUGGACGAAGCUCUCAAGGAGGAAUCCUACGAACCUUAUGUGACUGCCUCUCGAGAGUGGAUGAAGAAACUGGGUAUGAAUGAGGCCCAGACGCAGGAGCCUGCUUUUGUAAUGAACGGUAUUGUCAUGCCCUUCUCUGAGAAGUGGCAGAAUCUUGUGGGAGCUCGGUUCCAGCAGGAUCUGCCCGAGAUGCUCAAGCUUGUCCAGAAACAGAUCAUCAAGGUGUCUAAAGAGGCUCCUGUUGGUGAAGAUGACGAGGACGAGGAUGACGAGAACGCUGGAAACCCGGUUGACAAGUACUUUGCCAACCACGAAAUCAAGGAUCUGUUGGUGGAGGGAAGCCCCACUCGACGAAACCUCAUUCUGUCUCCUGCAUCUUUCACCAACCUGCAGUACCUUGAGAGCGACUUAAACCUGAAGGAUGUUUCCACUGCUACAAUCGCUGGUACGACUGCCUCUAUCUUCUCCAACUCCAUCCUUGCUGGAAACUUUGCCUCUACCCAGUUUGUUUCACAGCUUCUGGCUCUUAUUGAGGCACAGCAGGAGGAGAAGGACAGGUUCGCUUUCCGAACCCAAUUUGUUCAUAUCGGACAGACUGAUAGUGCCAAGGGUCAGGUGAUCAACGGAGUUGUUCAGAAACUGACCGAGCUGGCUGGUGAAGAGCAGGUUAGUCUUCUCAAGGAUGCCCUUGCUUAUCUUGAGGGUGACAAUGCUUCUUUCUCUGCCAAAAAGGUUCCCUUUGACAAGACCAUCACUGCUUCUGAGGAGGUCAAGUAUCUGAAGCAGUUCAAGACUACAGAGUCUUCUACCCUUCUCAUUAUCGAUGGCCUCGUCAAUGACAUUUCUUCCAAGGCCAUGCUUCUUGAUAAGUCCGAGGUGAUUGCCCUUUACGAGCGAGAGGCCGUUCGACGUCUUGAGCUCACUUCUGUCGCUCUUUCUGACCUCAAGUUGCUUACCAAGUCUGUCGAGAACAACCUCGAUCUUGCCAAGGUGCACAUUCCUCUCGCUAAGAUCUUCUACGGUGAUGCAACUGAGCAGGAAUCUACGCUUUAUGAUGUUCGUGCCUUCCACCACAUUCGAUGGAACAAGGACGUUUCUUCUUUCGUGCUUGGCGAUGAGUCUACUUCUCUCGUCAAGAUUGUUGCAGCUGUUGAUGUGCUCUCUGACGGAGGACAGCGACUUGUGUCUCAGAUUGAAGCCAUUUCAAAGGUCACUGGUGUUUCCGUUCGAGUCUUCCCCUCCCCCAAGGCCCCUGAUGCCCGCCAGGAACCCACCCUGCCCCUGAAGCGAUUCUACCGAGCUCACAACUCUGUCGUUCCGGAGUUUGAUGCCGAGGGAGCUCACAAGGUGCCCAACCUCAACUUCGAGGGUCUUCCCGCUCAGAACCUGCUUACUUUCGGACUUGACGCUCCUUCUUCUUGGAUUGCAAUGCCUGCCGACAACACGCACGAUUUGGACAACAUUUUGCUUGAGGAGGAUUCCGAGGACUUUGUCGACGCUUCCUACUCACUCCAGAACAUUCUCAUUGAGGGAUCCAUCAUCGACAUUACCAAGAAUAGCUAUGCUCCUGGAACCGACCUGCUUCUGAAGAGCACCCUAACAGGCGAGUCUUCCGAUACUCUUGUCAUGUCCAAUCUGGGUUACUUUCAGCUUCAGGCAGGCCCUGGUCUCUGGGAACUUAACCUCGGACCCUCUGCUUCUGACGUCUAUGAAACUGAGCACGAGGUUAUCAUUCCUGUCACUGACGUUCUUGGUCCUCACAUUUCCCUCUCCAUGGAGCGAAAGAAGGGUAAGGAAAAUGUUGUCGUUGGCGCCUCUCAGGACAAGGCCAAGCUGUGGAGCAAGCUCAAGAAGAGUACUGGUGUCUCCACCAAGAAGCAGGCGGACAUUAACAUUUUCACGGUUGCUUCUGGCCAUCUCUACGAGCGAUUCUUGAGUAUCAUGACUGCCUCUGUCAUGGCCCACACCGACCACACUGUCAAGUUCUGGCUCAUUGAGAACUUCCUUUCUGCCUCCUUCAAGGCCUUCCUCCCCCACCUUGCAGCCCACUACGGCUUUGAGUACGAACUGGUCACCUACCAGUGGCCCCACUGGCUACGAGGUCAGACCGAGAAGCAGCGGCAAAUCUGGGGAUACAAGAUUCUGUUCCUGGAUGUCCUCUUCCCUCAGGAUCUUGAACGAGUCAUCUUCAUCGAUUCCGACCAGAUUGUGCGGACUGAUCUGUACGAACUUGUCGAGAUGGAUCUUGAGGGUGCUCCCUACGGUUUCACCCCCAUGUGUGAUUCUCGAAAGGAGAUGGACGGCUUCCGAUUCUGGAAGCAGGGCUACUGGGAUACUUUCCUGGGUGAUGAUCUCGUCUACCACAUUUCUGCUCUGUUCGUUGUUGAUCUCAAGGUCUUCCGAGCCCAGCAGAUUGGAGACCGACUCCGAGUCCACUACCACCAGCUUUCUGCCGACCCAGCUUCUCUGUCCAACUUGGACCAAGAUCUGCCCAACAACCUGCAGCGGCAGGUUCCCAUUUUCUCCCUGCCUCAGGACUGGUUGUGGUGCGAGACGUGGUGUUCUGACGAGUCUCUGAAGACUGCGAAGACCAUUGACAUGUGUAACAACCCUCUCACCAAGGAGCCCAAGCUCGACCGGGCUCGACGACAGGUUCCCGAGUGGACCAAGUACGACGAUGAGAUUCGAAAGCUUCGAAAGGAGGCUGAGGGAAUUGAGGGCAAGAAGAAGGAGGAGGAGGAGCGCGCCGGACCUGUGGAGGUCGAGGUGGAGAUCGAUGAGCCUGAGGCCGAUCUUCACGACGAGUUGUAG